UCGACGCUCUACCAAGAGCUGGCAGAACCUUGGCCACAAGCCUCAUGGAUUACGAUUAUUGCGAUGAGCCUUGUGAGCUUCGAAAGAUCAAGGGUCAUACUGGAAGCGUUUCUCUUCAGCCGCGAUGAACAGCUUUGCGUGAGAAACUAUGGCUUGGCUGGUUUUGGCAUUGUAGAUCCUCCUGGCUCUUCCUUACGUACGAUGCCUGCCUAUGUUAUCGGUCAUGGCGGUUUGUAGACUGGUUAGCCGGCUAUCGACUACUUCGUCAACUGUAAGACACAUGACUUGAUGUAGUGCCAUGGAUGUGAUGUUGAUUCUCUUUGCUGUUGUCGUGUGUUGGCACUUUACUGAAACAUUAGGCAACAUGAAUUUGUAAGAACAAUUAGCAUACACAGAAAACAGCAUCGAUUCCCGAGAAGCUUACCUUGGUAAUUCGAGAGUCCUGAGCGGGCGAUUCACGAGAUGCGGGGAACAGGACUGUACGUCACUAGCACCCAAUCCCACCCAACCAGCCACAGCCUCUCCAACCUCUCCCUUUAUAUCCAAGAUGACCUCCACUGCCAGUGCUGUUUAUGUCAAAGCACAUGGGCCGUAGAUAUGUCCACCGGACCUUCUAAUCUAGUCAUGAGCACACGACAGUCGUGGCCAUCACGGCGACCAGGAGCGCAGCCAGAAUUUUCGUAAGGGGAAAGGGUGCAGGGCCGACAUAGGGGCCCUGGCUAUAAAAUGUCCUCCCCCUAAAAAGCAUAACUGAUUUUUGCCUUCACCCAUAUGUAAAAAAACACGUAAGCCACCGCAAGGUAUCUUUCUCGUUGCAUUUCGAAGUGAGUAAACUGAAAACAGGAUUUAAUGACUACAUAGAAUAAACCACCGGCACUUUUCAGUUUACAAUGGUUCAGUGGACUCUUUCUGAACCAAGAGCAGCGAGUGGCGUCUAACGCUCAGGUCUUUUGUCGGUAUUUUUCUGGAUUCUACAGACAUACAGAGUCGUACCGAGGUCAAACAUUUCCAUUGGUAUGGUCUACCAUCAUUUAGAAUCGGAUUGUCCUACAUUAUGCAGCAUAUUUUUGAGUAUGCGCGCUCGCGUGUCAAACACCCGACGCCCGGCGUUCCAGUCUCCUUAAGCCUCGCUGCGUUUUGUCCCGUGACUAAUGUCAGGCGACGGACAACGUGCGGACGGAGGGUCACGUUGGUCCGAGAGUAUCAACGUAAUAGGCCCUGUGACAUUCGAGGUCCCGUCCCUGUCCAUGUUCAGUAAGCGUUCCCCUGGCUGACUCGAGGCCCCUUGCCGGCACCGAAGGCACUGUGGGCCCCUGACUGACACAGGACCCCCGAUAAUUCCAGUGGCUGCUACCAGCGCCAAUCUCGGGCCCGGGCCUUUUUCUUGCUUGAGAAAUAUGUUCCCAAGGCCCAUACUGACACGCAUCCAACCGUUCUGUGCUGGUGGUGCCUGUCUAAAAUAGGCGCCCGCAUUGUCACAAGGUGUCUACAAUCGGCGCAAGAGGCCCACUGACUGACAUUUGAGGGCCCUGUCCUUGGAGCCGGGGUUCUUAAUGUCACCUGCAGCAAGCACUCGUGCCCUCCGAGCCCUCCAUUCGCGCCGCUACACCCUGUGAGCUGUGUGGUCUCCUUGAACACUGCCCGUGACCGAAUAGAGGCACUUGCCGACAAAAGCCGCACUUUUAGGCCCUGUAGGCCCCGAACCAACCGUGAAAGGCCUUCAUUGACUUAGGGGCCCCGACCUAUGCAAAUCGCGGGCCGCGGACUUCCUCCUGCACGGGAAAUGGGCCCGCACGUCCCGAUCAACACGGAACCGACUGUUCAGUGUUGCCAGACAAUUGUUCCUCCCCCUCCCGCACAUUCCCUCCCCCUCCCCCCUCUUAACCCCUCAAGACCAAGCCCUCAGGACCACCCCAAGUAAUGUUAGUGUGAGCCGUGUUUGAUAUUUUGCCACCACACGCCUCCCUCUUGAAGAAGACCAAGCCUACAGCAAGCGCGAGCGUUGAGCGCGUGACGUAUUGUUGAAAGCUGUGCUGGCAAAUGUCAGAGAAAUAAGAGGCAGUUUGAGAAGGGCGGUGGGGUAGGAGAGAGGCAGAGCGUUCAGCUUGUACUCGCAAUCUGUUGUAAAUGCCAUCUUUAAACGUGACUGCAUUUUGUAUAAGUCGUGAUAAAUAGUGCAAAAGUUUUACUUAGAAUGCAGACGCAAGUUUUUACGCGUUGUUCAAGUGUGUACAAACCGAGCCCAACGUAUGAUUUCUAAAGAAGUCGCAAAAAGAUAUGCCGAAGAUUACCCUGCUUACCCUCCAGAUCGUGCAACGUGAAGUGUCGCGUGGCUGGCGCCAGGCAGUGGACGACAGCCUGGGGCGCCGCCACGACCUCCACCUUACCGGAGACGACGUGAAGCACGCCAACGACGAGCGCGUGGGGCGGCUGAUACGCCGCAUGCCGUCCCUGCGACGGCUCACAACCUACCAUUACUGCUCACUGCCGGCGCCGUUAUCCGUUGACGUCGUCUCCCGGCUCUCAGGACACCUGGAAAGGGUGGAUUUGUUCCACUUCGACGCGGCCCCACAGCCUCUGGAGAGGCUGUGCUCCAGGUGUCCCCGGCUGGGGGACGUCACGCUGCCUCCCGGGUCUGCCGAGCGGUGCGCGGAGGCGCUGCUUCGCCGCCUGCCGUCCCUGCGGCGGCUGGACGUGGCGCGGAGCGACGUGCGGGGAGAGUGUUUAUCGCUGCUCCCCGAGUCAUUGGAGGCUCUCUCGGUGGCCUAUUGUCUACAUCUACAGUCGGCCUGCCUGCGUCAGCUGACCCGCUGUCCUCGGCUGCGGCGGCUGGACGUGUCAGGUGUGGAGGGGCUGCAGGCGGCAGACCUGGCGGCGGUGCUGGCCGGCUGUCCACAGCUGGAGCGGCUGACGGCGUGGAGGCUGGAGCCGGCGCUGGAGCUCUGCCUGCCGCCGGCCGGCCUCCCCUCCCUCCGACACCUGGACGUGACGGACUCCGGUGGAGUCACCGACUCCACGCUGAAGCGGCUGCCCGACCUGCUGCCAGGCCUGCAUUCACUCAGCAUAUACGGGUGUCGCGGGGUGACGGUUGUUGGGCUGGACAGCCUGCCGCGGCUCAGGCAGCUGCGUCAGCUGGACCUGACCAGGCUGUCAGCUGUGACGGACGCCACACUGGACCGGCUACACGGGCCGCGUCUGAGGAUGCUGAACCUGACCGAGUGCGUCUCUUGUUCAACAGAUGGGGUCACACGGCUGGUGCUCGGCUGUCCGUCACUGACGGUACUGGGGUGGGGGUGGUCUGACCUAGACCGGACCAGGUCCCUGGUAGACAGCCUGGUGCGCCAGCUGCCCCCGGACCGUGACGUCACGCUCGAGGUCAACGCCGGGCAUCUGCAGCGUCUGCCGCCGCUGUCGCCCGGCCCGCUCAGCCUGAGGAAAUAUAAGCCAUGGUGAGCAUCACACAGGCCACAGUGCUGCGGCCCGGCCCGGUCAGGUGCGCCGCCACCGUCCGACACGCCACAGCCACGUGUCAC